AUGGUCACGAAAGACUCCUCCAUUUUGAUUGUCGGUGCAGGCACCUGGGGCUGUUCCACCGCCCUUCAUCUCGCUCGCAGAGGGUACAAGAAUGUCACAGUCCUAGACCCCUACCCCGUCCCGUCUGCCAUCUCGGCUGGAAACGAUGUCAAUAAGGUCAUUUCUUCCGGGCAAUAUAGCAAUAGAAAGGAUGAGAUUGAGGUGAACGAGAUGCUCGGCGAGCAAGCCUUCCAAGGGUGGCUGAAUGACCCCCUCUUCAAGCCAUACUACCACGACACGGGCCUGCUGAUGUCGGCUUGCACGCCAGCUGGACUGAGCCGCCUGGGUGUCAAGGUCAGGCCCGAGGCAGAUCCGAACCUCGUCGAAAUGACUCAACCAGAGCAGUUCCAGAGCCUCGCACCUGAGGUGCUCAAGGGCGGUUUCCCCGGCUGGAAGGGAUUUUUCCUCCGUUCCGGUGCCGGCUGGGCUCAUGCCCGCAAUGCCCUCGUGGCUGCUGCGAGAGAAGCCCAGAGACUGGGUGUGAGAUUCGUGACUGGAAACCCGGCCGGCAAGGUGAUCACGCUGAUCUUCGAGAACAACGACGUCAAGGGCGCCGUCACGGCCGACGGCAAGAUCUGGCGGGCUGACCAAACGAUCCUCUGCGCGGGUGCAAACGCAGGGCAAUUCCUGGACUUUAAGGAUCAACUGCGUCCGACCGCUUGGACGCUUGUUCAUAUCGCGCUGACGCCUGAGGAGCGUCCGCUCUACAAGAACAUGCCCGUUAUCUUCAACAUCGAGAAAGGAUUCUUCUUCGAGCCGGAUGAGGAGAAGGGAGAGAUAAAGAUCUGCGACGAGCAUCCUGGCUACACCAACAUGAUCCAAUCCCCGGAGGGCAAAUUGCAGAGCCUUCCCUUCGAGAUGACACAAGUGCCUCUGGAAUCCGAAAAGCGAGUACGGGCGCUUCUUGCGGAAACGGUGCCUCAACUUGCAAAUCGUCCGUUCAGCUUUGCGCGCAUCUGCUGGUGUGCCGAUACUGCCAAUCGCGAGUUUAUCAUUGAUCGUCACCCACAACACAAGUCGCUUAUUCUGGGUUGCGGCGCUUCAGGCAGAGGUUACAAAUAUCUGCCAUCCAUCGGAAGCUUGAUCGUCGACGCUAUGGAAGAUAAGGUCCCGGCGAAAGUCCACGAGCUGAUUCGGUGGAGUCCAGAGAUCGCCUCUAACAGAGAUUGGAAUGACACGCUGGGCAGAUUCGGGGGUCCCAACAAAGUCAUGGAUUUCCAUGAUGUGAGAGAAUGGACGAAUGUGAGAUACAGGAAUAUAUCCAAGUUAUAG